ACUCGUCAUCCAGCGUCAGUUCGGAGUCGCACAAUUAUGAAAAAGCUAUCUUCCGCUGGAGCUGGAGCUGAAGCUGAGGCAGAUUAUUCUAACGGCAAACGGGCUUUCCUUCCACGGCACACCGAGACCACCGCCGAUAGAUGGCUAAAAGCCACGGAAGAGCUGUUCUUGAGUUUGAACGGUGAAGAGAAUGUCCCAGCAAUCCUGGAUAGAAAACACUUUCACCAAGAGGGAAUGUGUGUACAUACUGCCAGUUUCAAAAGAUCCCCACAGAUGCCUUCCAGGAUGUCAAAUUUGCCAACAGCUUGUCCGGUGCUGCUGUGGGAGGCUGUUCAGGCAGCAUGCUGGCUUCACCGCCAGCCUGGCCAUGAAGUACUCCGAUGUGAAGCUGGGUGAAAAUGAAAUGCCCGAAUUGGAGGAGUGGUCAGUGGAAAAACAUACAGAGGCAAGCCCAACCGAUGCGUAUGGCAUCAUCAACUUUCAGGGAGGGUCCCAUUCCUACAGAGCCAAGUAUGCACGGCUGUCCUAUGACUCUAAACCCGAAUCGGUUCUUCGCCUCAUGCUCAAAGAAUGGCAGAUGGAGCUACCCAAGAUUGUCAUCUCUGUCCACGGUGGGAUGCAGAACUUUGAUCUCCAUCCGCGCAUCAAGCAGGUUGUUGGCAAAGGUCUCAUUAAAGCUGCAGUAACAACAGGAGCCUGGAUUUUAACUGGAGGAGUCAACACAGGUGUUGCAAAACAUGUAGGUGAUGCCCUCAAAGAGCAUUCAUCGCGAUCAUCUCGAAGAAUUUGCACUAUUGGGAUCGCUCAGUGGGGGGUGAUUGAAAACCGAAACGACCUGAUUGGAAGAGAUGUGGUCGCCCCAUACCAAACCCUGUUAAACCCGCUAAGCAAGUUAAACGUCUUGAACAGCUUUCAUUCACAUUUCAUUCUGGUGGAUGAUGGAACAGUUGGAAAAUAUGGGGCUGAAGUGAAGCUACGUCGAGAACUGGAAAAACAUAUUAACCUGCAGAGGAUUCAUGCAAGAAUUGGUCAAGGUGUGCCAGUGGUGGCGCUCAUAUUUGAGGGCGGUCCCAAUGUUAUCCUCACUGUGUUGGAGUACCUCCAGGAGAGCCCCCCGGUCCCGGUGGUGGUUUGUGAAGGGACAGGCCGAGCAGCUGACAUCCUCGCGUACAUUCACAAGCAGACCGAGCAAGGAGGAGGAUUACCGGAUGGUGUCGAAAGUGAGAUCAUUUCAACUAUUAAAAGAACCUUCAACUUCAGUCAAAGUGAGGCUAUCCACCUUUUCCAAACAUUGAUGGAAUGCAUGAAGAACAAAGAAUUGAUAACCGUCUUUCAUAUUGGGUCAGAAGAACCCCAGGAUAUUGACGUAGCAAUUCUAAGAGCGCUGUUAAAAGGCAGCAAUGCUUCUGCAUUUGACCAGCUUGUCCUGACCCUGGCUUGGGACCGCGUAGACAUUGCCAAGAACCAUGUCUUUGUUUAUGGACAGCAGUGGUUGGUUGGGUCUCUGGAACAAGCCAUGCUGGAUGCCCUUAUUAUGGAUCGAGUAGAAUUUGUGAAGCUCCUCAUUGAAAAUGGAGUUAGCAUGCACAAGUUUCUUACAAUCUCCCGGCUUGAAGAACUUUACAACACAAAACAAAUUCCAACCAACUCAACGCUUUUUCACCUAGUACGGGAUGUAAAAAAGGGCAACCUCCCCCCAGAUUACAAGAUCACACUAAUCGAUGUGGGCCUGGUCAUCGAAUAUCUAAUGGGUGGCACUUACAGGUGCAACUACACCAGGAAGCGCUUCAGAAUUGUUUACAACAAUCUCCAUGGGAACAGUCGGCGGUCUGGCCGACAAUCUUUCUCGGGCAGUGGAUCUCAACUACGUAAAAACCACGAGGAGUUCUCCAUCCGAGAAGACAAGAAGGAAAAGACGAGACACAAUCAUUUCAUUAAGACUGCGCAACCAUACAAACCCAAGCCCGAAUCCACAACUGAGCAGUCAAAGAAGAGAAAAAGCAAAGAGGAAAUAGUGGACAUUGAUGACCCAGAAACCAAGCGCUUCCCGUAUCCGUUCAAUGAGCUGCUGGUGUGGGCUGCACUCGUGAAGAGGCAGAAAAUGGCCUUGUUCUUCUGGCAGCAUGGAGAAGAGUCCAUGGCGAAGGCUUUAGUAGCCAGCAAGCUGUGUCGCUCGAUGGCUUAUGAGGCAAAAAAUAGUGAUGUUGUAGAUGAUGCAUCUGAAGAAUUGAAAGAGUAUUCGAAUGAGUUUGGCACACUGGCAGUGGACUUACUAGAACAGUCGUUCAGACAGGAUGAAACAAUGGCCAUGAAGCUCCUAACGUACGAACUGAAAAACUGGAGUAAUUCGACAUGCCUUAAACUGGCUGUGUCGUCAAGACUACGUGCCUUUGUGGCUCACACCUGCACACAGAUGCUGCUGUCUGACAUGUGGAUGGGAAGGCUAAACAUGAGAAAGAGUUCCUGGUACAAGGUUAUUCUAAGUAUUUUAGUCCCGCCAGCUAUUCUGCUGCUGGAGUAUAAAACAAAGGCGGAAAUGUCCCACAUUCCCCAGUCCCAGGAUGCCCAUCAGAUGACUCUGGAGGAUAGUGAGCACAAUUUCCAGAGUCCUGCUGAGGAGAUUCCAAUGGAUGUGCUCAAGGAAGUGAGACCCUAUGACAAUACUGAAGUGAAAAAUGAAAUUUACAUCAGGCCAAGAAGGCUGCCAAUUACCAGAAAAUUCUACGCAUUCUACCACGCUCCCAUUGUGAAGUUCUGGUUCAACACUCUGGCUUACUUGGGGUUUCUAAUGCUGUACACGUAUGUUGUUUUGGUGAAAAUGGCCAAAAUGCCAUCGAUUCAAGAAUGGAUUGUGAUUUCCUAUAUUUUUACAUCUGCCAUUGAGAAAAUCCGUGAGAUCUUUAUGUCUGAAGCUGGAAAAAUCAAUCAAAAAAUCAAAGUUUGGUUUGGUGACUAUUUUAAUAUUACAGACUGCCUUGCAAUCCUCACGUUCUUCAUUGGCUUUGGACUGAGAUUUGGAGACGAUGAUGUUUUCCUUGCUGGAAGAUUAGGGUAUUGCCUGAAUAUCAUAUUUUGGUACGUGAGGCUUCUAGAUUUUCUGGCAGUAAAUCAGCAAGCUGGACCUUACGUAAUGAUGAUUGGGAAAAUGGUGGCUAACAUGUUUUAUAUUGUGGUGAUCAUGGCAGUUGUGUUGCUCAGCUUUGGAGUUCCCAGGAAGGCUAUCCUCUAUCCCAACGAGGAGCCCUCGUGGAAGCUGGCCAAAGAUAUUGUCUUUCAGCCUUACUGGAUGAUCUUUGGUGAAGUGUAUGCUUAUGAAAUCGACACAUGUGCAAACGACAGUGGAGUCCCGAAACUUUGUAGCGCAGGUGUAUGGCUCACGCCUUUUUUACAAGCAGUCUACCUCUUUGUUCAGUACAUUCUUAUGGUCAAUCUUCUCAUUGCUUUUUUCAACAAUGUGUAUUUGCAAGUGAAAGCCAUUUCCAACAUCGUGUGGAAGUACCAGCGUUACCAUUUCAUCAUGGCCUACCACGAGAAGCCUGUUCUUCCUCCUCCAUUGAUCAUUUUAAGUCACCUGGUAUCAUUGUUCUCAUGUUUCUGUAGAAAGAGAAAGAAGGACAGAACUUACGGACCAAAAUUGUUCUUGACGGAAGAUGACCAGAAGAAACUGCAUGACUUUGAAGAGCAGUGUGUGGAAAAGUACUUCCAUGAAAAGGAGGACCAGUUUCACACUGGAAGUGAAGAAAGAAUUCGGGUCACUUCUAACAAGGUUGACAGGAUGUGUAUUCAGUUAAAGGAAGUAGGUGAUAGAGUGAACUAUAUAAAACGAUCACUGCAUUCCCUGGACUCUCAAAUUGGCCACCUUCAAGAUCUGUCGGCUCUCACCGUGGACACCCUGAAAGCCCUGACUGCACAGAAAGCAUCCGAAGCCAGCAAGGUCCACAAAGAGAUCACCAUGGAGCUCAGCCUUUCAAAGCACCUGGGGCAGAACCUUGUCGACGGCGGCUUGCAGAAAUCCUCUGCGCUCCUAAAACACAGCAUUGGGGCUUAUUUUGGGUCGUCUCUUCCUCAGUGCACGGACUCCUUGCUGGGGGCUAGUGCUCAGGCUGACCCCCGAGAACGGGACGCAGCUAGCUGGAGAUACGGCCAGGACCUUACCUCAAAUCCUGAGAGAAAACCUCUCAACUUUCCAGAGGCUGGUACCUCAGGCAGUGCCUUAAUCCAAAGUGCUGUAUCUCCCCCCGAGCUGCGACGCAGAGGUCACACUAUGAUGGAGAGGCAGCUGUCCCGUCCAGAAAACCUGAGACAUGCCGACUCACCUAGCUUACCAAAUGUUUUGUCCCCAACUGCCAAGUUUUUUGUUAGCACCCCCUCGCAACCCAGUGACUUUAGUCGGCUGGAGUGUGCAGUCGCUGGGGACCAGGUUCCUCCUGGUGUGGCUGAAAGCCAUAGUGUUGAAUUUGGGGCCUUUGUUGGUAAGUAUGAUAACCUACAGUUGCUUCCUAUAAUUGUCAUAAAGUCCGCCUCUCCUUCUGCUACCGUUUGUGUUUGGCCUGCUUCCACUCCAUGUUGCAUUAAAAGUGAAGGCUAUGUGAACCAUGCUUUCAGCAAUGAUGACGGUAGUACCACAACAACCCGCAACAAACGGGGCAGGAUUUGCAAAUCCCUUUCUGACUCUGUUUCCGCGACAGGGGACACUUUCAAAAGAAACACCCCUUUGCCAGCUUGCGAACUGGCAGCCGCCAACAGAGCUGUGGCAAGUGGUGGCGCACCCAGCCACCCUCAACGAGAGAAGGAAAAGCAUAGGCAGCGGUUUGAUGUUAGCCCCAAGCGACUGCUGCAAAAGCUACGGAGCAUAACCAAACUUCGAGGUCAUAAAGACACCCUUGAAGUUCAGAGAUCAACUACAAAAGAUACAGCUAGAAAAUUCAAAGAUUUAUUUCCACCCAAGGGCAAAGAUAUGGGUGGGUAUCAUCCCGAUUGUCAAAUGAGGACGGUCAGUUCAUAUGCCGGAUUUACCGAACUUGACAGAAACCCUGUGUCUCUCUCUUCGUUCAGCAGGAGCAGCAGAGAUCGAAGCAGAGUCUCUGCUGAAGACGUUGUACACCAGGAGGGUCAGAAAGCGUCGCUGCUGCCGGCUUGGAUACUAGGAAAAUCUGCAGCAGCAAGCAGCUCGUUACCCCCUGGAGAAGAAACCUUAAAUGUUGCUGCAAGCCUGUACUCGUCUCGACAUGCACAUCUUGGGGGAAGGAAAGACUCUAUUGGUUCUCCUUUCAAGCCAACCUUGGACAUUGGUUAUCAAUUCUCAGCUGUUGAGAGGAAUAAUCUGAUGCGGUUAGCUCAGAGUAUUCCAUUCAUCCCAGUCCAGCCAAGAGGUGAGCCUGUCACAGUGUACCGUCUGGACGAGAGCUCUCCCAACACCAUGAACAACAGCAUGUCCUCUUGGUCCCAGCGAGGACUCUCUGCUAAGAUUGAGUUCCUGAGCAAGGAAGAGAUGGGAGGGGGUUUGAGGAGAGCUUUGAAAGUUACAUGCACCUGGUCAGAAUAUGACCUCUUGAAACCAGGGCAUCUCUAUAUCAUCAAGUCCUUCCUUCCUGAGGUUGUGAACACCUGGCAGAGCAUCUACAAAGAGGAGACUGUGUUGCACCUCUGUCUCAGAGAGAUUCAGCAGCAAAGGGCCGCUCAAAAACUGACCUUUGCCUUCAAUCAAAUGAAACCAAAGACCAUUCCAUAUUCUCCAAGGUUCUUGGAGGUGUUCUUGUUAUACUGCCACUCAGCUGGCCAGUGGUUUGCUAUUGAGGAGUGCAUCACUGGAGAAUUCAGGAAAUUCAACAACAACAAUGGAGAUGAGAUCGUUCCAACCAACAUGCUGGAAGAAACCAUGCUUGCCUUCAGCCACUGGUCAUAUGAGUAUACAAGGGGGGAGCUUCUGGUGUUGGACCUCCAAGGUGUUGGUGAAAACUUGACUGAUCCAUCUGUGAUAAAAAGUGGUGAAAAGGGGUCACAUGACAUGAUAUUUGGACCAGCAAACUUGGGAGACGAUGCCAUUAAAAACUUCAGGGCAAAACACCACUGCAAUUCCUGCUGCAGGAAACUCAAACUUCCUGAUCUGAAGAGGAAUGACUAUACACCAGACAGCGUACAGGUCACCUUAUCCCAAGAUGACACACCAGGGGUGUCCAUUCAACCUGGAAGCGGUACCAAAGAGUCCAAGCAUUCUAUACGUCUCAUGCUGUAAACGAAGCAGCCAGGGUUAUAAAGUGGAGUAGGUAACAAGCACUGUCCUGGAGUGCUUAUGAAAACCAAGAGAGCAGACGCUGCAGGUGGAAAGGACCUGUUCCAAGCACUGCACGAUGUAAUCUGGAUAUCAAAGAGAGCAAAGUUUAGGGCUUAACAACAAACAAACAAAACACGACCACAAGCCAAUAUGUAUACAGUGUAUUGCAGGGACACAGGUGGCUGCACAGGUAUAGAGAGCAGGUGCAGUUAUGAAGAACCACAAUGAUUUUAAAUUAUGUAAAUGGAAAAACUGUACUUUUUUUAAAUCUUUUUUUUUAAAUAUAUAUGUUUAUUGUUAAAUAAUAGUAUAUAAAGUGGCUAUCAAUUGGUACAAUCUUAUUGUAUAGAUGGUGUAGUAUUUAUUAUUCUGAAUUUAAAGAAGUUGCCUUGUAUAAAGUAAAAACAAUGAGAAGCAUUGUCUUGGAGAUCUUUGUUCUGGCCGGUUUGAAGGGGGACAAUCCUGUCUUCAUUUAAACAAGAAUUUAUCUGAAACAGAAUAUGUAAUCCACAUCUUUUUAUAUAAAUGUAAAAUCAUGUAGAAAUAUCUGUAUUAUGGUAUUUGUGGUACAUACUUUAUAAAUAAAGAAAUAAAAUAUGGCUUCAGAAUCUUGUAUGAUAUGGGCAGAUUGCAAUGUAACUUUUUUUGUGUAAUUUAAUAGUUUAAAAAGAAAACUCUGUUCACCGGAAACUGUUUAAAGGUGAGGGGUUUUAAGUUACAAAGGUACUACUGUCUUUUUUAAAGGUAUUCUAAAACAUAUUUUAAUCUAGUGUAUCUUAUAGAUACAGUUAUCUGGCACGAACAAAAUAGGUUAUAAAAUGGGUUAUUUUAUGCAGAUGGGGGAAUGGGGAACCAUAUUACUUAAAGUAUAAAUAAAUACUGUAUACAAUUUUUUAUAUCUUUAAUCUAAUAAAAUACACAUUUUGAAUUA